CGGAUCACCGGCCUUCCCAUAGUUCCCAGCCCGCCAGCUGCGCAACACAGCACACGCUUCUACAACCCGCUACAACCUUCUGUUACAACGCAGAUACAACAUACUUCAGCGUGCGUACAACUCACAUGCACUGAGGAGAAUUUCGCCAUCUCCAAGGAUACAUCUCCACAGGUGAGAAAUCGAUGUAUGCCGUUCGCCAGAUGAGAUAGGAGUUACUCCAUAGUCAUAGAUCCACCACAGAUCGCAGAAGGUGACUUAAAACACAGAGUCUGACAACAUGCCUGCGGGGAAGAUGCCCAUCAACUGCAUGCCCCUGCGCUCGCCACUUGUCAAACGCUGCCAGGCCGAGGAGGCACGGCUGAAAAUGGCGACGGCGACGAAGAAUAAACAUCUGCGAGCGAAGCGGCAGAAGAAGAAACUGUUCCGGGCAAACGAGCCACUCCUGUCCGUGCUUAUGUGGGGAGUAAAUCACUCGAUACAGGAGCUGUCCCACAUCAACAUCCCCGUCAUGCUCAUGCCUGACGACUUCAAGGCCUUCAGCAAGGUCAAGGUCGACAAUCAGUACUUCAACAAAGAAAACUUGCCGAGCCAUUUUAAAGUGAAAGAAUACUGCCCUCUGGUCUUCAAGAAUCUACGAGAGAGAUUCAACAUAGAUGAUGUUGACUACAUGAAUUCGUUGACUAGAUCGCAGCCCGUGAACACGGACUCCCCGGGUAGAAGUGGCGCCAGAUUUCUCAUGUCCUACGACAAAAAAUACGUCAUCAAGACGAUAGAAAGUGAAGAAGUAGCACAGAUGCACCAUCUUCCCAAGCAGUAUCAUCAGCAUAUUGUGGAAAACCACAGUGAAACUCUACUGCCCCACUACCUGGGCAUGUACAGACUGACAGUAGAGGGCACAGAGACGUAUCUCGUCGUCAUGGCCAACAUUUUCAGCCACAAACUCAACGUCCACAUCAAGUAUGACUUGAAGGGCUCUACAGUAGACAGACAAGCCAGCGAUAAAGAAAAGGCAAAAGAAUUGCCCACGUACAAAGACAAUGACUUUGUAAAGGAGAGAGAAACACUUAAAAUUGGGGAGACACAGAAAGAGAGGCUACUUGGGAUCCUGAAGCGAGACUCGGAUUUUCUUGUGACCCUUAACCUCAUGGACUACAGCCUGUUGCUGGGGGUGCAUGAUGUUGAGCGGGCGGAACAAGAGGACAUGGAGAUGGAGAACCAGAGCGGGGACGACGAGGACGGGGAGGACUCGGGCGGACAGUGUGCCACACCCCCCGACAGCCCGCGGAUCAAGGACUUCGAGGGCUACGAGGUGGAGGAGAGGGAGGUUUUCGCAAUCAAAAGUGCAAACGAUGCGCCCAAGAAGGAGAUCUACUUUAUGGGUCUGAUCGACAUUCUUACGUCCUACGAUGCCAAAAAGAGAGCAGCGCACGCAGCCAAGACAGUUAAACAUGGAGCAGCUAGUGAGAUUUCCACGGUGAAGCCCAAACAAUACGCUCGCCGCUUUAUGGACUUCAUGGACAAGGUGCUUGUAUGAUUUUAAAGGAUUAUUGGGAACUGCUGAGUCCACACUGUACACAGGGUGUUGAUUGAACCUACACUGAAGUCCACAGCCACAUGUAACCUGCUGCAGUUUGAUGUAAACCUGGUAGAGGGAGCCACUGGAUGGAAGGCAGUCACCAUCUUUGUCACCUUGAGAAGACCACAGCUCAACAUGGGGUCGACCUUUGACUUGUCACCUUUGACCUCCCUAACAAACUUACUACAUGUUGACAUGUUGUACAUGUACUAGUAUAUUGCACUAGUAUAUUACACGUACUAGUAUACUGCACUAUGUACAAUUAUAAGUAUAAUUGGACGUAGUAAACAAUAGCCGACAAUUACUCCACAAUGAUAGAAAAGCUCUUCUGGUUGCCACAAAUAUUUCUGACAGAAAACACAUUAACAUGUAGAUGUAGUUAAUGGAUAUGAAGUGUUGCAAAAAUGAAGGCCUUGAUCCACGUCCAGCUUAGCCAGUUAACACAAUGUUUAAUAUUGCACUUAGGGGGCAAUGUACAAUAUGCUACAAACGUAUGGUAGAUUCAGGAACAUCUUAGAAACAGGGAACUACUUUUUUAUGCCGAGUUAGCAGACAAAAUGUUUCUUUGGACCUGGAUGGAAUGAAAAGUGUUCCACAAACAAACAAAGUGUUGUAUUAUUGCUGAAUUGGGUCCGUUACUGAAAUCUGCCCAGCAAGUUUUAUGUUUGACCCUGGAAGCUCUUGGAAAAUGUCUGGAAUUUUUAGAUUUUAAAGGAUUCUAAGUUUGAAACCUAUUAGAAGAUUUUUCUUUUGAAGAGAGCCAAUGGCCAUGGAGUUCUAAAUUGAAUAUGUCUUUGAAACAGGUUUGAAGUGGUUGUGAAAUUGCAAAACUUAUUGCAAGGGAAUGAAAUUCGACAGUGAAGUUAUGUUCUAAUAUGAAUCAAGUUGUAAAGGGAUUGAAAGUCCAGAACAAAAAUUCCAGGUUACCAAAAUAAGCCUUUUUUGUUGCUACUUAGUAAAAAAAAAAACAAGAAUGUCCAGACAUUGCAGCUUCCAGGUCUUUCUCUUCUGUUGAAAUACAAUGGCAGUUUUAUCUUUCACUUUCAACCCUAUUGUAGCCCAAUUUGUCAAACUGAUCAGUUAUAUGUACUGCGAUGUUGACCUAUCGAGUAUAGGGGUUCUGAAAAAUUCCUGGAAACCCCCAGGCCAGUGAUUUUAACCAUGUACAGCAACAGUGUAGGUACAGAUACAUUGUUAGAAAAAGGUUGUGUUGCAAUUUUGGUCACAAAAUGAAUGAGAACAACUCACUCAGUGUAUUUCCUAGAAAAUUGUGACAUAAAUAGCUUAAAGUAAAGGUUCUUUAUUAAUAUGAAGUAAUCUCUACCAAUGUUUAGUAGGGAUAUCUCUACAAAUAUUCUCCCCUUAUAUAUGUACACCUCUACAUCUAUUGUAAACAGUCUACCAGGGCAGAAGAAAAGGGGGAGGGGGGCAGAAUAUGCUUUUUCUAUAGAUCAUUCUUAGAUGGAUUGAAUUUACCCUGAAAGUUGGGUAAAGAUCGAGCAGAUUUGUACAAUUGCAGGAAUGUGUGAGUUUUUAUGUUCAAUAAAUUGUUGUGAAUU